AUGAACCGGCAUAAAAGCUGUAAAGGUUCUCGUAAUAAUAAUAUUGUUGGACGUGCUCAUUCCACAUUAAGUGUCUCUGCCGUUGAUUACUACUUGAAUUUACCGGUUACAUGCCCGCCUUCUCCUGCAAUUUCUACUGUAACUUUAACUCCUGGGAGAAUACGGAACAUCGACCAAGAUAUGGAACACUUAAGGGCUUCAAGACAAGAUAAUCCCUUUAUUCAGAAGGUAAUUGCUAGCAGGGAGAGCAUCAUCGACAGUUUGGAUACAGAAGAAGAAUCAGAUCAUGCAAAUCUGAUGGCUAAAGAACUAUCGUUAGAUUUGGAAAUCGAUCCGAUGUCUCUUCCGGAAAUUCACGAACACAUGAUCAGGAGCCCUCCUCCUACUAAUUGGCCAAAAUCUCCUAAUUUUAGGAUGUUUCACUUUCCCCAUAACGAAGACGAGACCAUUUCAGUUGAAGUAAACGCCAAAGAAUCUAAGUCAACAGAACUGAAACCGAAACAUUCGAGCUGGGAUGGGUCUGAUACUUCUCCGUUAAAGUCUUUUUCUAAAACUCACCAUUAUCAAGAUCGAUUCUCAUUGCUCGCACCUAACACACAUCGAAGCACUGCUGAGGACAGUAUUCAUUUAAUGGCUGAGGAUUAA